GGAGAUUGGCUUUCUCCCAAUCUUUCUCAAUUCUCAACUUUCACACUUUCUUCACAGCAAAGUUCUGCUACUCUCUGUUUCAGAUUGAUGGCUACCAUGCCCACUGUCGUCCCGUCUGCUUCAUCCUCCUCUGGAUGGACUUACGAUGUGUUCUUGAGUUUCAGAGGAGAAGACACCCGCAAAAACUUUACAAGUCACCUUUAUGCCGCCCUGGUUAGGAAAGGAAUCAAAACAUUCAAGGAUGAUAAGGAAAUAAAAAUAGGAGAGGUGAUCUCUGAAGCACUCCAAAAGGCAAUCAAGGAAUCAAGGUCUUUCAUUAUCAUAUUCUCGAGGAACUAUGCUGAUUCGCAUUGGUGCCUAGAUGAACUCGCCUUGAUUAUGGAAGAAUCUCAUGGCCCAAAGGUUUUUCCAGUUUUCCUGGAGGGCGUCGAUCCAUUGGAAGUACAGGACCAGACGGGAAGCUUUGGAGAUGCUUUUGGGGAGCUUGCAAAGGACUGCGACGGAGAGACGGUAAAAAGGUGGAGGUCAGCCCUUAGAGCGUGCUGCUCAACUCUCCGGAUCCGGAUGGUGCUUAAAAGAUUUUUGGUAAUUACUUUCCUCUCGCUAUGGAAAAGCAGGGAUGAAGCGAAGUUGAUUGCACAGAUAGUGGAAGACGUCUCGGGUGGGCUGAGUGAGAUCCUUUCUCCAAACCCUGUGAUAGAGAUCCCAUCGGAGCCAAUUAAAAUUGAGAACCAGCCAUCUACUAAAUCCGCGCUGCUACAGAUGCUUGAUUGCAUAGGUGAUCCACGUUUUAGCAUAAUUGGAGUAUAUGUGUCUGCCACUCCGAAUUUGAGAAGUAUCCAAGACAGUAUCAGUAAGUGCCUUGGAUUACCAGAUAAUAGUGGGGCUGAUGCAUUGUUUAAAGCCCUAAUGAAGAAGAAAUUUCUUUUAAUUUUUGAUGAUGUUUGGUGCAAAUUAAAGCUCAUGGAUGUUGGAAUCCCUCACCCAGUUCUAAACAACAAAGGAAGCAAGAUUCUUAUAAUCAGUCGGAUUCAAGAUAUCUGCACUGAUAUGGAUGCUAGAAAAACAAUAAAAGUAGAGCCAUUAUCUGAUGCCGAAUCAUGGGAGCUCUUUGUUGAUAUAGCUGGCGAACAUGUUGCUGCCAAUGAUAUAAAGCGCUUUGCUGAAAAAAUUGUUGGAAGGUGUAAGGGGCUUCCCCUUGCAAUUGUCAUUGUUGCUCACGCAAUGGCAAAUCGACAUGGAGUUGGGUUGUGGGAGAAUGCCUUGUGGGAAAUGGAGCUCUCAGCCACUGAGAUUCGAGGUAUGAAGGAAGAAGUAUUUGUUCCUUUAAAAUUCAGUUUUGAUAGAUUGGAGAAUGAUAUGCUUAGGAGUCUAUUUCUUUAUUGUGCGUGUUUCUGUGAAGACUAUAAUUUUGAAAUUGGGGGAUACGAGUUGUUAGAUUAUUGCAUUGGAAAAGGAUUAGUAGAUAAAUUAGGGAGUUUGAAAGCUGCUAGAAAUAAAGUCGAGGAUCUAAUUGAGAGCUUGAAAAUUGCUUGCAUGUUGGAAGAUGGAGAUCAUAAAAGUAGUACUGUAAAGAUGCAUGAUAUGAUGCGAGAGCUUGCAUUGUGGAUUACAUCUUCAGAGUACACUGAUAAUAGCAGCCUCAACAAGUUCUUGAUAAGGACUGGUGAAUCAGUUACAGAUUUGUUCAAGGUUAAGAGAAUUGCCUGUACUGGGAAUGCUCAGACGGCUACAAGUUUAGUUCUGUUUUAUUGUGAAAUGUUAGAUCAACAAAUCCUCGGAUCUGAAUGUGUGGAAGGUUUAAGUAAUUUGAGAUACUUGAACCCGGAAGGUACCAAUGUUUCUAUUCCAAUGGGGAUAAUUUCUUGUUUGCACAAAUUGGAGGAAUUGAAAUUGAGUCGAGCAAAAAAAAUAAAUUGGAGGGUGAGUACUGAUCGUAAGGGACAAAGGGAUGAGCAGGAGAGAAGUGGUGGGUGUAGUAGUAGUAUUGAUGACUACUCCAUCAGUAUGAUUGAUAUUGUGGGAUUGGAGCUGAGACGUUGCAGAGUAGUAAGACAAGACGCUCUACAAGCUCUGAUCAAUGAAUCUCAAAAUCUACAGUUCUUAACUAUUGAGGAUUGCCAGGGUGUGACAUGUGGGCGCAUUUGUGAUACCGGUACUAAAUUAAUAAAUUGUGAAGACUUGGAGGAGGUGAUGGAUGGAUUAGUGGUCGACCACCAAUGUCCCAAUGGAUUGUUAAUACUAAUAGAAUUGCCAAAAUUGAAGAAGAUAUGUGUUGGUCUCGCACCAAUAAAUUGCUUUAAUCAACUAAUGUUGAUAGAUAUAGAGCGAUGCCAUAGCUUGAAGAUGGUCUUCACGAAGGAAAUGCGACGACACUCGUUCAAGUACUUGUACAGUAUUCUUGUUAGUGAUUGCGAGAGAAUGGAUGUAAUAAUUGAAGCAGAUGAUGAUGAUGCUAAGGAAGAAGAAGUUGGGGAGUUGUUGGAAGAGAAUAAUAAUAAUAUUAAUGGUGAAGUCAUCUCACUUUUUCCAAAACUCAGAUUUUUCAUUCUAGUAAAUCUACCAACACUAGCAGAGGUGUGCACCAAUCACAUUUUGCAUUGCCCCCUUAUCAAUGAAAUGAAGGUGAGAAACUGUCCGAGGAUAAACAAGGAUCCUCUCCCCAUACAAAAUACGGAUGGUUUACUUGUCAUCAUCGAGGGGGAAGAAAUGUGGAAAGAAGGGAGCAAUAAUAAGGUCGUGAAGAAAAGGAAAUUUAAGGAAAUUCAACCUGGACCCUAA